AUGGGUCGCUAUCCAGAAUGCUGCCUCGCUGCAAAGAAACCAGGAGGACCACCCGAUGUGGGCAAGAUGCUGGGAGGAGAGAAGGAGGAGGAGGACCCCGACGCAGCGCAGAAAGAGGAGGAGCGACAGGAGGCACUGAGGCAGCAAGAGGAGGAGAGGAAGGACAAAUACGGCAAGAUGGAGGCAGAGAGGGAAAGGAUGAGGCAAGGCAUCAGGGAUAAGUACGGCUUGAAAAAGCGUGAGGAGGUUGAGGCCGAGGCGGCAGCCGCCCAGGAGGAGGCAGUAGCCGGCAGCUUGACCCGGCCCAAGAAGACCGUGCCGGCCGGCUGCGGCGACGAGGAAGAGGAGGAAAGCAUCAUGGACACAGUGAUGAAAUACCUGCCAGGCCCACUACAAGACAUGCUGAAGAAGUAG